AUAAUGCGGGGGCGGAGCAACAUCAUUUUCAAUAUUAAAAGCCUUGGAGGAUAUCUUCGAAACCCGGAACUCUAAUAAGUUUAUUACCAAUGAAAUAAAUAAAAACCAAAGACUGAAACCUGAGAACAUGUUGAUCUAUUUACCCACAUGCAUACUCCUUUUCUUAUUAGAAGCUUUACCUGUGACCGGUAAACACCAACCUAUCGAGCAGAUCAUCAUUGCUCCAUCUGAGCAGCAUCGGCUAGAUUCAGACGUAUACGAGGUCCAGCAUGAGUUGAAAAAGGCAGAAAUCUUUCCAACAGUCGUUGACAAAUUCCUCCCCUCCUUUCUCCUCGACGCGGAAUGGCCGUCAGGAGAGCGUACGGAGCUAGGGAAUACCGUGAAGGUGGACGACGUUCAAGACGAACCCACCAUCACAGUACGUCAGAGCCACUCUUCAUUGUUGUCGGCUGAGCAGCGUUCCAGCGUGACCUACACAAUCAUCAUUACUGAUCCGGACGCUCCAUCUCGCGAUAACCCGGAGUGGUCCGAAUUCUGCCACUUCAUCGCCACGGGGGUGGAUAUCUCAUCAUCGGAGCCCGCUGCUCUCCGUUUAUCUAGCUUAAAGGACAUUAUACCGUACAAGCCGCCUGGCCCGCCACCCAAGACUGGAAAGCAUAGAUACGUGUUCCUGCUAUUAGCUCCCGCGAACGGUACUACGGACCCGCUUCACCUGACCAAGCCGGAGGACAGAAAGCAUUGGGGCACGGGUAAAGCAAGACAUGGCGUGAGGGAUUGGGCAAAGGAGAAUGGCCUUAAACCUGUCGCCGCGAAUUUUAUCUAUGCUCAGAAUGAGGCACAAUAAUGACCUCCAUACCCUCCGUACUCUCCAUAAAUACCUAUGUUUUGAGUGGUAUUAAGCACUUAUGCUAUGAAUAUCGUUCAUGAGGCGUUUAUUAUGAGAGUAAAGUUUCAAUUAAGCGGGAAUAAUCGAGCGAGAAG